AUGUCAUUAUACUUAGAUGCGGCAUCAGUUCUAUAUAGAGACUCCGGCAGCGGUGGCUCGUUCAAAUCCCGGGUCUACAAGUCAAAACUCAGAUCACCUGCAAGGCAAGUCUACGCUUUGAUAACUGAGACUGCAAAAUGGGAUAUCCUUCUCAAAGAGGUCGUUGAGAAUGCCAACUUUCUUCCGGUUGAACCAAAGCUCACCCCACUGCUCUCGAUUCUCCUAGUCCACGACUUCCUGUUAACGAAAAAAGGCAUUGUGGCUCCUUCAAACCACCCUUUGCGUUUGGCAAUCGAAAGACAUAAAUCUCGCAUCAAAGCGGAGUUCGUCAAGUCCCGAGUGCAUCGACAAUGCGCCUCCAUCGAGGAACUCGAAGCUCUCGUCAAGAGGCAGAAAAAUGCUUCCGGACGGGAAGAUUCAAUAUUUGGCCCUCCUAGAUGGGCCAGGAUAAAUAAUGUGAUUACAUCGCUUGAUGAGCAGUUGAAGACAACAUUUUCGGCUUACAAAUUGGUCCACUCGUUAUCGGAGUUAGUAGCCACUACUCCAGACUCUCUCUAUCAAGACCCUCACAUCCCAGACCUUGUAGCUGUGUCACAAGAUGCACAGCUAGCGUCAUCAGCAGCUUACAAGAAAGGUAUGAUAAUACUGCAGGACAAGGCGUCGUGCUUUCCAGCGUAUUUGCUCCUGGGCUCUGACGCGGCAAAAUGGAAGGGGGAUUUGCUGGAUGCCUGUGCGGCUCCUGGUAACAAGACAACCCAUCUUGCCUCACUACUAUGUUCAAGUUCAAAAAGUCAUUUUGGUGACAGGAUACACUCAACUCAAGAUAAAUUCACCAUAUUUUCAUGCGACGUCUCGCCAAACCGGUCACGAAUUUUACAACGGAUGGUGGCUAUCGCUGGUGCGGAAACGAUGGUUUCUGUCUUGCCUGGUCAGGAUUUCCUUGCCCUCUCCCCGGAUGACAAGCGUUUCCAAGAUGUGACGGGUAUACUUCUGGAUCCCAGUUGUUCUGGGACGGGGAUAGUUGGAAGGGACGACAUGCCUUGCCUAGCUUUGCCAAGUUUGCAAGACCCUCAUGACCGUGGUAUGAAACGGAAACGUCAUGCUCCCACUCCACUUCCAACACUUGGGAGACCUGCAGCCUCCGAACCUCAAAAUACAACUGAUAUCGAUCCUGGCCGCCUCACCAAGUUGUCUAACCUCCAAACCCGAAUUGUUGAGCAUGCGUUUAAGUUUCCCAACGCUACACGAGUCACGUAUAGCACCUGCUCUAUUCAUGUGCAGGAGAAUGAAGUCGUCAUUGCACGCGUCCUGAAGUCACCGGUAGCGCAGCGGCGUGGAUGGCGGAUCGUUUCAAGAAAUGAACAGGUUGAAGGACUACGAAAGUGGAAAUACCGGGGCAUAACGCAUGGGGAGUCUGGAGAUGGAGGAGGGGAGAUCUGGGAUUUGACUGAGACGGAAAGGGAAGGAUGUUUGCGAUGUUGGCCAAACGAUAAGGAGUGUACAGGAGGGUUCUUUGUGGCUGGAUUUGUUCGGGACGGUAGCUUCGAGGGAAAUAGGAAUGUUGUGGAUACCACGAUAUGCCCGACCGGCGGUGGGAAAGAGACAGAAGGAAAUGGUAAUGAUGCUCAAUUUGAUGAGGAAUCGGAUUGGGAGGGGUUUGGAGCGGAGUAA